ACUUUCUUGACAUUCAUUUUUUUUCCUUUUAGCAAUGGACAGAAGGUUUUAUGCUAACAGUGACUAUUAUUUAUCCCCAGCUGAAGAAAAAAAGCAUCGAGGCAUGGCUUUGUCGUCACCAUUCUUCACUAACGAAUCCCCUCUUCCUUACUGCUCAGUCGCUGUGCACACUCAGCCUCCACUCAAGUCUUAUGAAGAGGUGGUCUACGGUGUGGCGCCGGGCCAGAAACUCGCCAACCAGCCGCAAUACAUCCCUCAGUAUUCACCACCUGUGGCCAUUCCUCAAGUAACACAGUCCAGCUCACUUCCCAGGAGCAAGAAGAAAGGGUCCUGUAAUAAAAAUGGCCUGUGCAUCGGAGGGUGGUGCGCUGCUGUUCUCCUCGCCGCCCUGCUGGGUGUUGCCAUCUGGCUUGGAGUGCAAUAUGGUACCCGUUCGUUCACAAAAGGCUUCAUCGACUACGAAGAGGAUAAUAUGAACACUGAUGACGACUCUCCUAUCUUGAUGAGUGACAGCUGCCCCAAUACUACCAUUGAGUGCGAUGGGAUCUGGGACUGCAAGCUUGGCUCGGAUGAAAUGAACUGUGUGAGGUUUUCCAGUAGAAAUGCGCUACAGGUCAAAACCAACGAAGAUGGCCGUUUUCUUCCUGUCUGCUUCAGUGGUUGGAACCAACGCCUAGCUGAUCAAACCUGCUCCCAACUUGGAUUUAGACAGUCUUAUAACUACACAAAGAUCACAGGAUCUCAGGACUCCAUUGGAGUGAUGGUGACCAACAGAUCAUCCGACUCCAUCCAGGAUCAGGUUGAAGUCAGUUCUUCCUGUCCGGAUCAAGCCGCAGUCUCCCUGCAGUGCAUUGAGUGCGGGAAGCAGCAAUCCACAUCUCGCAUUGUAGGGGGCAGCAUUGCACAGAAAGGUCAGUGGCCUUGGCAAACAACACUAAACUUUAGAGGGGUCCACAUGUGUGGAGGGGUCCUGAUCGCUCCUGAUUUUGUGCUGACUGCUGCUCACUGCUUCCCAAGAAGCAGACCCUUGAUGCUCAUACCAGAGAAUUGGCGAGUGUAUGCCGGCGUGUUGUCUCUGGACAAUCUAUCUGCACCCUUUCUGGUGGAGAAGAUCAUCUCUCAUGAGAACUAUGACGAAGUUACAGCGAAUCAAGACAUUGCUCUGCUCAAACUUGCAGCUCCUGUCAAAUUUGACGAUGAUGUUCACCCAGCGUGCCUGCCAGUUCAUGGGCAGAAAUUUCCCCAUGGGACCACUUGUUGGACUUCGGGCUUUGGUGACACAGAAACGACGGCCGGGUCCAAUGAACUGUUGGAGGUAACUGUUGAUAUUAUCGGAAUGGAAGUGUGCAGCAGCCCAAAGGUGUACGGAAAGUCUGUGACGAACAACAUGAUCUGUGCUGGACACUUGGAGGGGGGACGAGAUGCUUGCCAAGGGGACAGCGGUGGGCCACUUGUGUGUCAGAUAGAUGACGUGUGGUAUUUGGCGGGCAUCACCAGCUGGGGGCAUGGAUGUGGUGUUCGUAACAAACCAGGUGUUUACAGCAGAGUGAGCAGACUUCUACCUUGGAUCUACACCAACAUGCAGCGUGAAAGGCCAUAAUGUCAAUUGUUUACCUCCACCGGAAGACCACAUUGAAGCAGUCUUCAACUGAACACUGGGAAUACUGCAUGAAAGAUGGAAGAGACACAUAGGAAAAAUUAAAGGUUGUUUGGAUUGGAGGAGAAGCAGUGUGACUAGGCAUUCAUUCACUGAUGACUUGCCUUGCACUCAUUACUUCCUACCAUGUUUGUAUUCAUAUUACACAAAAUGUAAAGAUUGCUGGACCUUCGUUCGUGUUUUCUUUAUUAAUGCCACGCUUAGUUUUUCCUCACCGAUUUACAGUGUGGUGGGGUUUAUUACGGGGGGGAAUGACUACUUCUGGGUAAUUUUUACUGAAAUGUUUUUUCAGAUUUUGGCAAAUUUUAUUUUCGGGAAGCCAAAAGAAUUCUUACAAAUUGUCUUAAACUUUUUUUUUGUACGAUACUUAAUGAAUUUAAUCAACUAUUUGUUUGUGCAAUGUUUAUUUUUUUUCACCUUUCUGCCAUUUGAAAUCUGAUUUCCUCAAAUGAGUACGUAGGGUGUUAGGAGGAUACAUUUGACAUGUCUUGUUCAUUAGAAUCCCUGUCAGCAGUGCAGAUACCUUGUAUUCAACUCAGUGACUCAGUCACUGCAAGCUCAAAUGAAUGGGAAGUUUAUCGUUGCCAUUGAGAAUUUUAAACUUUUUUCAUUUCAUCGCGCUUAGGUGCCGUUUCUACAAUUUAAAAUGCAUUAUUUGCAGAGUCGGGAAUUUUUUUUUAAUCCACAGUAGAGAUUUCACAUAUAAGAAUAACAUGAUUGUAUGCAUUGCCACUUUCAGGGGCACAUCUCACUUCAAACAUGUAAAACGCACGUUACCUGUGUGUUUGUGCACCCUUCCACCAUAUGCACUUUGUGAUUAUAGUCUUUAUUAUGUUCUGUUUAUGAUUAUGACUUACAUUUGUUUUUCCUUUUUUAAUUUCGUGAACUAAAUCAAU